AGCUGGAGACUCGAAGUUCGGGCUCAGUGGCUCGAUCACACUUGUUGCGCCCGUUGACGUUUAUGUGUUGCGUGUGUGUCCCUGUGUUAUACCGUUGUGUUUACAUAUUAUAUGUGUGCCGUGCAGUAUAGGCCUACCUACCUAUAUAGUUGGCCAAAGCUUAUAAUAAUUAACAACAAUGUAUUGGACUUAUUUGGUAAUAACUUACAUACAGUUAACAAUGUUAACAUAUUGUAAAGUUGUUUUUCCACCAAUUGGAGCUUUAGAUUGGUGGCAAAAUUCUAUAAUUUACGAAAUAUUCCCGUUGUCAUUCAAAGAUUCAGAUGGUGAUGGAUCAGGUGACUUUAAAGGUAUUACUGAAGAAUUAGAUUACCUCGUAGAUAUAGGAAUAACCGCGAUUUGGAUAACGCCAUUUUUUGAAUCACCUUUAGAAUCUGGUGGCUACGACAUAACUAGUUAUGUAGAUGUACAACAUAUUUUUGGUACAAUAGAUGAUUUCAAGGAUCUUUUAAAUGCUGCACAUUCAAAAUAUUUAAAAGUUAUUAUGGACUUCGUUCCUAAUCAUACUAGCAAUAAACACAUUUGGUUUGAAAAGUCUGUCAAUAAUGAAACUGAUUACGCCGACUAUUAUAUUUGGAAAGAUGCAAAAAAUCAAGAGGAAGUGUUAAAAAAUAGCAGUAUAAUUCCUAUUGUGCCAAAUAACUGGCAAAGGAUUUGUGAUGAUGCCAGUGCUUGGAUUUGGCAUAACACUCGCAAACAGUUUUAUUUCACUCAGUUCGUUCCAAAUUUACCAGAUUUAAAUUUUCGUAACGAAAAAGUUCACGAAGAAAUGAAAUAUAUUUUGAAUUAUUGGUUGGAUUUGGGAAUUGAUGGUGUUAGAAUAGAUGCUUUAAAACAUGUAUACGAAAGCGAAAACAUGAAAGAUGAACCAAUAAUAGAUAGCAAUAUGGCGGUUAACUACAAUAAUUUGAAUCAUAUUUAUACAACAGACCAAGAAGAAAUCUAUGAUUUGAUUAAAGAAUGGCGUCUAUUGCUCGAUGACUUUAAACAAAACGACUCUACAAGGAUAAUAAUGACUGAAUCAUAUAGUAGUAACAGUGUUUUAUUUAAAUAUUACACUAGUGGAGCUGAAAUACCAACAAACUUUAAUUUAUUAGGAGACUACCACUAUACUCCGAAAGAUUAUGAGAGAGAAAUAGAAAAUUGGAUAACUAAAAUGCCAGUUGGAGCAACAUUUAAUUCGGUGCUCCAAAACCAUGACAAAAAAAGAUUUCCUACUUCGUACGGUUCAGAAUUAAUUGAUGGCAUGAACGCUUUAUCCUUAUUUCUACCUGGUGUAUCCAUAGUUUUAUAUGGAGGAGAAAUUGGCAUGGAAGACAUAGCAGAUAAAAUAAAUUAUGCAAAAGGACCUAUGCAGUGGGACGACACGGACAACGCGGGGUUUACUAAUAGCACAAAUGAACCGUGGGUUAAGGUACAUCCAGAUUAUAUCACGAGAAACGUGCAGACAGAAAGUUACGAUCCCAAAAGUUAUUUAAACUUUUUCAAAUCAAUAUCGAAAUUACGGCAGACUGAAACGUUUAAAAGAGGAGGGUUGGCGAUGGAUAUUUUUAACGAUGCAGUGUUUGUUUUGAACAGAUUUUUACCUGGACAUGAGAAUUACACGUUAAUUAUCAAUAUGGAUACAAAUUGUACACAAAAUGUACGUUUAUCAGACCAAAUAUCAAAUUUGAAUCUUUUAGCUGUUGUUGUUGGAUCAGAAAACUCGAAUUUCAACCCUGGACACUCGAUAUCAACUGCAGAGUGGUUGGCUCUAAGUCCCGGUGCCACAAUUGUACUCACUGAUAGUAUUUCUACAGAUGAAACAGCAACAGAAUCAAAACCUUCAACCAGUACUCAGUUAUAUAUAACAUUAAACGUUGUAUUACUUUGCUUAUGUUUCACUAACAUUUGUAUUUUGUAGUCUUAGGUCACAUAUUUUGUAAUAAAAUAAAUAAGUAGUUAAGUAUUCAAAAUGUUACCAAUACAUUGGAAAAUUUCAUAAUUUUAUUUUACAUUUAGGUAAAUUCAAAAUAGAUUAACUAUAUUAUUAAAUA